GGAAACCCUAGUGUAACGAGCACAGAGCAAAAGGGGUUUCAAUAAAGAAGAUGAAUGGCACAUUGGCCCUUUUACUUCCGCCAGUUUCUCCUUCUCCCCAAUUUCUCUCUCUAAAUUUCAGUCGCCUUCCUCUCUUUUAUUCUCCACCUUCUCUCUCUACAGCCCGUAAGCCAAAAACAGAUAUUCUGAGGGCAACGUCUAGAAGGUUAUUAUCAGCUACAAAAGUGCAGACAAUAUCGAUAAUGGCAGCUCAAGAGGAAAAUGUUGGAAAUCUGAAGCAACAGCUAGCAAAAUUAUUUGAAGCAUCUCUUAGAGCAACAGUCCCUGGUGAGGUGGAUGUAGCGCCUCUGAUUGCGGCAUGCAAUCCGAGAUUUGGCGAUUACCAAUGCAACAAUGCCAUGAGCUUAUGGACAAAAAUAAAAGGCAAGGGUUCAGAAUUCACAGGCCCCCAACCAAUUGGACGGGCCCUUAUGAAAAAUUUACCUGCGUCGGAAAUGAUAGAAUCAUGCACUAUAGCGGGACCUGGGUUUGUGAAUGUUGUGUUAUCAAAGCAAUGGAUAGCAAAGAGCAUUGAGAAGAUGCUAAUAAAUGGUAUUGAGACAUGGGCACCAAAACUUCAAGUCAAAAGAGCAGUGGUUGAUUUUUCUUCACCCAACAUUGCUAAAGAAAUGCAUGUUGGCCACUUAAGAUCUACUAUUAUUGGAGACACUCUUGCACGUAUGCUGGAGUUUUCAAAUGUUGAGGUUCUACGGAGAAACCAUGUUGGUGAUUGGGGCACACAGUUUGGCAUGCUGAUUGAAUAUCUUUUUGAGAAGUUACCAAAUUUGGAAGCUGCCAGUGAUCAAGCUAUUGGAGAUCUUGAGGCAUUCUAUAAGGCCUCAAAGCAAAGAUUUGACAGUGAUCCUCAAUUCAAGGAGAGGGCACAACAGGCGGUGGUCAGUCUCCAGGCUGGAGAAGAGAAGUAUCGUAAGGCAUGGACACAAAUCUGUGAAAUUAGUCGGAAAGGAUAUGAAAGAGUUUAUCAGCGGCUAGGAAUUGAGAUAGAGGAAAAGGGAGAAAGCUUCUACAAUCCAUAUAUUCCUGGGGUUUUAGAGGAAUUGAGUAAAAAGGGCUUAAUUGAAGAGAGUGAAGGUGCACAGGUUAUCUUUAUUGAAGGGAAAAAUAUACCUCUUAUUGUUGUUAAGAAGGAUGGGGGUUUCAACUAUGCUUCAACGGAUCUUACUGCAAUUUGGUAUCGUCUUAAUGAAGAAAAAGCUGAUUGGAUAAUAUAUGUUACUGAUGUUGGACAGCGAGAGCAUUUUGAAAUGGUGUUCACUGCUGUAAAGCGUGCUGGUUGGUUUCCAGUGGAUGAAAAUAUGUACCCUAAAGCUAGCCAUGUUGGCUUUGGUCUUGUUCUUGGAGAAGAUGGAAAACGAUUUAGAACUCGUAGUACUGAAAUAGUUCGACUAGUUGAUUUACUUGAUGAAGCUAAGAGUCGAUGUAAAGCAGCUCUUGUUGAACGAGGCAAAGCUGAUGAAUGGACAGAGGAGGAGCUUGUGCAAACUGCUGAGGCAGUUGGUUAUGGGGCUGUGAAGUAUGCUGACCUGAAAAAUAACAGAUUGACCAAUUACACGUUUAAUUUUGAUCAGAUGCUUAAUGAUAAGGGAAAUACUGCAGUCUAUUUGCUUUAUGCACACGCCAGGAUAUGUUCUAUCAUCAGGAAAUCUGGUAAAGACAUAGAGGAGUUGAAAAAAACGGGGACAAUAGUUUUGGGCCAUCCAGAUGAGCGUACAUUGGGACUUCACUUACUCCAGUUUGCUGAGGUUGUAGAGGAAUCUUGCUCCAAUCUUUUGCCAAAUGUUCUCUGCGAAUAUUUGUACAAUUUAUCAGAGUACUUCACAAAAUUUUAUUCGAAUUGUCAGGUGGUUGGGUCAGACGAGGAGACAAGCCGGCUCUUGAUUUGUGAAGCAACUGCGGUGGUCAUGAGAAAAUGCUUCCAUCUACUUGGUAUCACACCUGUGUACAAGAUAUGAUACUUUAGGAUGAAGAUUAAUUGGGCACACUAUUAAAUAUUUUGAUUCUAUACACAAAUAUCUUUAAGAUAUUUGAUAUUGUAACUUUUGCUUCACAUUGUGCUGCUGGAGCCUGAUAUUUAGCAGAAAGAAAGUCCCGAAAAUUUCAAUUAUGGAUUGUGAUUA